AUGGCCAGCUGGCAACAUGGAGGCCAGGUCUGGGAGUCACUGAUGGAAUUGCUGACGUCCGUGGGGAACUACAGCCGUUACCGGUGGCGCUUUGCUGAGUGCAUGGGCUUUAAGUUCCUCAAGUACCUGGUGGCUGUCCACGUGGCCCACCCCGACCGGCUGGACCGGGCGCACAAGUGCCUCAAUGGGAACAAGAUGCAGCAGCUGUUCAGCAUUCUCAGUGAGCUGGCCAUGGUUCAGAGCAUCCACCUGCCCUUUGAGGCCAACCCUGACCUCCUCAACCUGCUCAUGGUCUCCCUGGAAUCUUGUACAUAUGCCAAUAAGCUUGGAGGGGCACUGUGGGCAGUUGAGAUACCACUGAAAUCUGUCAUGGUGGUUCGCAUUGAUGUCAACAAAGAUGCUUUGACCAAAGGACUCUCGGUUAUUGGGUUUCUGGCCAGCUGUAAUUUCCAACUGACUAGGUGGUAUUCUCGUUGCACGCUGCAAAAUUCAGGACCAAACAUCACAGUUUGUUUAAAGGUCUGCAUGAAAGAUGCUGUAAGUAAAUUGCAAGCAUGUAAUGGGCAGCUGCCUGCACGCCUAAUAGUGUACCGUGACAGCAUUGGAGAUGGACACAUGAAGAUGGUGGUGAACUUUGAAGUCCCACAGAUAUUAAGUGCCCCCGAUGAGUGCAAUGGUGGCUGCAGAAGAGCCAAACUAUCGGUGGUUGUGGUCAGGAAGAAAUGCCUUCAUCGUUUCAACAGAAGUUUGCAAAACCCUCUCGUUGGGACAGUUAUUGACACGGAGGCUACUCGACCUGAAUGGUACGACUUCUUCUUAAGUAGCCAACUUGCUCACCAGGGCACUGUCAAUCCCACAUACUACAACAUGGUUUAUGAUGAUAAUGGAUUCAAGCCAGACCAUAUACAGCAUCUUACCUAUAAGAUGUGCCACACCUACUGCAACUGGCCUGGCCUAAUCAGAGUGCCAGCACCAUGCCAGUAUGCCAACAAGCUGACUUUCUUGGUGGGCCAGAGCAUCCACAGAGAGCCAAGCCUGGCACUCGCCGACAAACUUUUCUAUUUGUGA